CUAGCUGCUACAGUAAAGUCCAACUUAAAUCACGAUGAAUUCUUAUCUAAUCUACGCACUCUUGGGAAUGCUAUUGGUCCUUAAUGUGCGGGCUGAUUGCGAUGACACCAAGGCUCCCGAUGAUAGUGAUUUCACGCAUUUCUUUAAGAACCUCGGCUGCAAGGUUAAACAGGGUGCCGAAGAUGUGGCCGAGGCUGCCAAACCCUAUGCCACAAAAAUCAACGAAGGAGCCAAGGAUAUUGGCAGUAAAUUGGCCCAGAAAUAUGACGAUAUAAAGCAUCAUCUGAGCGACGAUUCAUCCGAUAAGCCACAGGUGACACCGGUUGUCUAUGAUGCGCCUACUGAAAAAGUGCCCUUGGCCCCAAUUGGCGGACCACAGCCUCCAUUGCCAUCGGUUGCCUCCAAUCCAGCUGCUUAAAUUUAAAACGCACAAGGAAUAA